AUGUGUGGCAGUUACUACGGCAACGUCUGUGGCUACGGCUGUGGCUACGGAUCUGGCUACGGCUGUGGCUAUGGAUCUGGCUACGGCUGUGGCUACGGUUGUGGCUAUGGAAGAGGCUAUGGCUGUGGCUAUGGCUACAGGCCAUUGUGCUACAGAAGAUGCUACUCCUCUUGCUGGUAG